UCAACCAAGCGGGGCCUUUAUAUUAUGUAUUUUGUUAUAUGGCCCCACCCUGAAGAUAUCCUCGUCCAGACGAGCCAGCGCAUUUCUGACCUCCAAUAUCUGCCCAAAACACAUACCCACCCCCAAUAUAAAUAACAAACCCUCCCCACCCACAAUCCGUCGUCUGCCAGCGAGCCAGUUGACCAUCAGACUCCAGUUGACCGACCAUCAAUCCAUCCAUCUCAUCCAUCUCCUCAUACUCAAAUCACUUUGGGUCGAUUGACUGGGCAACAGUCGCCCAGCAAGACAGUCGAGAUGCUCUAUCUCACUCAUGCUCAGCUUCCCACUUCCACCCGACACGCUCUCAAGUGCGAUUUCAUUGCACCGGGUGUUGACUCACUCAUACUGGGGAAACAAUCUACCAUCGAAGUCUAUGGAAUCGAAUCCGAGGGCCUGAAAUUGCUUCACCAGGCAAAGGUCUUCGAUGUAGUCGAACAUAUCAAUUCUUAUAAGAAAUUGACCGAUUCGACUUCUACCCUGCUGGUACUCACCGCCGACCUCAACUUGUUUACGCUCCGGUUCUGUCCUAAAUCAGCUACUAUCAUCACCACUGCUUCCAUCUCACUCCAUCAGAUUGGUGCUCGGCCUGCCGAUUACGUUCAAACCUCUAUCGUCGAUCCCCACGGAAGAUGUGUCGUUCUUCAUGCGCUAAAUGGUAUCCUACACGUUAUCCCUUUGGUCCCCGGCUGUCUCUCCAACCUGAGAAACCUUGAUCCAGUCCUCAGCAAGCGUAAGAAGGCCAACGUCUCAACCGGACUCGCUUCUCAUAGCAGAAACCUACACCCCAGUCAUAACGAUCCCGAUUGUGAAGUGUACCGGAGUUUUCAGCUUCGUCUCAAUGAAGUCAACGUUCAGGCACUCAAUUUCGCCACACUUUCACCGAACUAUCCGCCUACUCUUUUGGUUGUCUAUUCGAAUCACCUUGGCGAUCGGGUCUUACGGAGCCGCAAGAUUGAUCUUCAAGCCGCCCACUGCGAACAAGAAUUUUUUCGUGGCUACCACUGCUGUGAUCCAGCGACUGCCUUGAUCAUUCCAUUCUCCCUUACUGGUGAGGCCGGUGAAGAUUCUGAUGGGGUCAAUAAUGGUGCGAUAUUGAUCGGUGAAGAAACUGCCCAACUCGUACGUUUUGGUCUCGUGCAGUAUUCAGCGAGCGACGACAGAGGAAACAUAAGAGAAGCUGAGGCUACCGCUGGUCAAAGCAAUCAAUUGACCGAGCAAGGCGUAAUAGGUGGCCAUGUGUUAAGACUACCGCUUGGACAUUAUACUUGUUUUUGUCCAGUAGACGGGGUACCCAACUGCUGGCUUCUCGGAGAUCUCUAUGGCAACCUGAUUUUUUUAUUCUUGAAGCAAUCGACAACUGGGACACCACCCUCGCUGCACUACUUUCACGCCGGCCAUGUGCCGUCACCCGAAGCACUGGUCUACAUCACAAGUGGAUUCGUCUUUCUCGCCUCGCAUUACGGUGAUAGUCAACUCUUGAAGCUUCCUUCUCCCACGUCCUCACUCAAUCCCGACAAUACUGCAUCCGCCCAGCCGGAGGUGAUCACCACAUUCCCCAACCUAGCCCCGAUAUCGGACUUUUGCGUGACUGAAGAUCGGAAGAGCCUGGUGAACCAAAUCGUGACCUGCAGUGGAUCUCAUCGCGAUGGAUCGCUUAGAGUGAUCAAGCAUGGGAUCGGAAUACGCGAGUCUGGCUCUCUCGAGGUCGGUGGUGUUCAACGGCUCUGGGCGCUAAGAAGUUCAACACAUGUCAACUCGGUUGAGGAUUUUGAUGAUCGUCUUGUACUUUCAUGCGCCGACUGCACCAGGUUCCUGGCGCUGAAUGAAGAUGGCACGAUCGAAGAAAUUGGCCUGUUCAAUGGCUUUGAAUCUGACGUCCCUACAAUACUUGCCGGCAACCUACUAGAUGGCUCUGACUCCACUACUCGCUAUUCUAUUCAAGUGACUUCGAGGAAAAUAAUUGCCGGUGAUGCGUUGGUUUGGGAACCAGAUGAUGCGAAGAGUAUAACCCGUGCUGCUCUUAGCGUCACAACAUGUGCUGUAUCCUUGAAGGAACAAGUCGUAGUACUAUGCAUCAAGGAUGGCAAAUUUGUUGAGAAAGGGACAUACAAAUUGUUAAAUGACAUCUCGAGCUUAGCGAUCGAUCAAAGCGAAAACUUUGUAGCAGCUGCUCAAUGGGUUACCAACUGCAUUGAAAUCAUCUCCGUAUCUUCAUCAUCCACCAUCUGUCGAGUCAAUACCGAUUCCGAUUUCAUGGUCAACUCGUUAAAGAUGACCAACUUUGAGGGGACUGAAUCCGAUGGAUGUAGACUGCUAAUUGGAUUGGGUGAUGGCAAGAUCAUGAACGUCGCCUUGGGACCAACCGGAAUGCAUGUCGAGGGAGACUCUCCUCGAUUCACCACUCUUGGUAUACGCCCUAUCGAGUUUGUAUCGAUGAGGAAUGCAACAGGAGAGUUUUUAUGGGCCAACAGUGACCAACCCACAAUCAUCGAUCGGAUUCAAAACAAUGGCAGAUUUGCGUAUACCCCUGUAACUGUUCAAGGCGGAUCAGUCUCAUCUGCAACUGGCCUCCACGCUCGUUUUUUCCAAGACUCCCUCGUUUUGGCAUCAAAUGACGAGAUCAGAAUCGGCAAAUUAAACACGACUGAAAAAAUGAACAUCCUGAAGAUUUCGCUUGGCAAUGAGCAACCUCGAAGGAUCGCUCAUUCAGAGGACAUGAAGGCAUAUGGUGUGGUUUGCGCCCGAUUGGAAUUGGACCAAGAUACUGGGACAAUUCAUCGGAUCGGGACGUUUAAAGUCUUUGACGAUGAGACUUUUCAAUUAUUGUACACUUACAACUUUGGACCUAUGGAACAAGGUUCGAGUAUAGCAGCUGUGAAGUUAGGAGAGGAAAUGAUUGAGCAUUUCGUGAUCGGAACUGGCGUGAUCAAGUCUACCGAAGCUGAAGCGACAAUUGGGAGGAUCUUGGCCAUUCGAGAAUUGAAUUCGAAGCAAGACCUUACUGCGAAAAAACGACAUUUCGAACUAACUAAUGUGGGGAAAUUAUCGGGAGCGGUGGGGGGAGUAGGAGGAUUACCUAAUGGGAUGUUUGUAGCUUCUGCCAAUGCCUUCGUCCACGCGUUCGGUCUGAAAAAAGGUGACUCGGGACGCGCCUUUCCAAGUGGCACGGACACGGUUCUUGCAGGUUCAGUACCAGAGAUGGAUGGCGGAUUCAGAUUAUUGGAUACGUGGGGCGGUGGAUUUGUUUCUCAAACAGUCGUCACUGAUGGAACGAAGGUAUUGGUCGGAGAUCUCUACAAAUCUGUAGUUCUACUGGAGUUCGAUCUCGAACAUUUAGAACUCGCCGUCAAAGCGCGUGAUUUUAGCGCGAUGUCUGUCCGACCGAUCGGUGCGAUUUCGGAGCGAGAGUUUGUUGCAGCCGAUAGUGAAUUCAACAUGUUCACUGUCCAAUAUGAUAGUCCUACAUCCCCUGGUUCGGACGGCAAGUCUGACCGACCUAAUCAAGAUGCGCAUCGUGAGGAUCAUGGUGUUCAUUUGGAUGACGGGGGUGGUAGUGACGAAGACGAAGAACAAGCACUAGAACUAGAACAAGAAGAAGAAGAAGAAGAAGAUCAGGACUACAACCAGUCUUCCUAUCACGACCACCUCCAACCCCCUCACUCACCCACUUUCGAUCAAGAUCAAAACCCGGCUGCCUACGGAGGCGGAAGCCUUGUACCGAGAUUUAUCGAGUCAAGUCUGAUCGGUGAAACCAAAUUGAUCUUCGUUACUAGUACCGGUGGGAUUGGCUUGAUUGCUAAGAUCCAUUCCAAAAAGAAGACCAAACAGUUGGCCCGAUUCCAGUCCGACUUGAGUAAGAUCUCCACCUCCGUUGGGAAUCUCGCACAUUCUGCAUAUAGGAUGUUUAAAACGGAGUCAAGGAAAAUUCCAUCGAUGGGUUUUCUGGACGGAGAUUUCUUGGAAGGAUGUCUAGAUCUCACGCCAGAUGAAGUAGAGAAUCUGGUGAAGAAGAUGAUGGCCUUGAAGGCCGAGGAAGCCCAAGCCAAAGCGACUGAGGGUGACAGCAAGCCACAAGAAGCCGUCGAAGAUAACUCGCAAGACAAUCCAGACAUGCAUCCAGCUCCUACUACCACCAGCGCACCUGUUGUCCCCAAAGGGCAGGCCCCAUUGGUCGAUCGCACUGUCGAUGUCAACCAGGUUCUGGACUCUUUAGCCGAACUCAGCCGAUUACAUUGAUCCUUACUCAAGUAACCUUUCAUGUGUUUUAUUUAAAAAAGCUCAAAAAAAAAAAAACUUGCAUUGAUUGUAAAACAUUUAUGCUAUCUCCAUUAUCGUUCUUGAUCAUCGUUUAGCCUCCUCCUGACUCACUGAAAACCACUCACAAUGAUUAUAUCCCCUGUCCUGUCAACUUGCCUGUCUUCUUUACUCAUCCAAAGCUGUAUUUCUUUAUUUGCUUGUUUGUUUGGUUGUUUUUUUGGGUUUGAGGUUAGUAUGUAGUGAUCUUGUAUGCUUGUGCCCUCUGACCUAACCUUAUCCCUGACUUUCUAUAAUCCUCAAGAAUCCCUACUCAUUUGUUGUUGUUGUUGUUGUUUUGUAUGUUUGUGUGCAUGCAUGCUGAUGGUGGUUGGUGGAGGUGACGACGUAUAAGAGACAAGAAAUGAUAAUGUAUACCCGAAGUAACUUGGGCUUCCAACUCC